UUCAUUUUCAGAGCAGUAACAAAAUUCAAAAUUCGAAAAAAAAAUUAUCACUUCCAGUUCGAACUUCGCACUGUGAACGUCUAAUUAAUUAAUACAUAGAAAUGCCACCUAAGACGAGCGGUAAAGCUGCCAAGAAAUCUGGUAACGCCCAGAAGAAUAUCUCCAAGUCUGACUCAAAGAAAAAGAAGAAGCACAAGCGCAAGGAGAGCUACGCCAUCUACAUAUACAAGGUGCUGAAGCAGGUCCACCCCGACACCGGUAUCUCCAGCAAGGCCAUGUCGAUCAUGAACUCGUUCGUGAACGAUAUCUUCGAGCGCAUCGCCGCCGAGGCCUCCCGCCUCGCCCACUACAACAAGAGGUCCACCAUCACCAGCAGGGAGGUGCAGACCUCCGUCAGGCUGCUCCUCCCCGGCGAGCUCGCCAAGCACGCCGUCAGUGAAGGCACCAAGGCCGUCACCAAGUACACCAGCUCUAAGUGAGCACG